AUGCCCAAAAAAUCGGACAAGCCCUGGUACGAUCUCUCCGACGAAUCCAGUUUCUACGCGUCAAAGCCAAAGCGAAAGCCUAAAUUUAAGGCUAAGCCUGCAACAUCCAACACUGAUUCAGAUUCCUAUUUCAAGGCCAUGUCUCCACUGAGAGAACGGUCGUCGAAAAAGAAGGGAAAGGAGAAGGCAUCCGAUCCCAAGUCCGCUUCUACGUCCAAGAAGAGCUCCACAAAGAAGACAAGUGAAGCGAAGGGUCCAGCACCUGCUAAAGAUCCGGAGCCUGCGUCCGAGCCUGCAAAGAAAUCGAACAGAAAGAGAGGUAGGACGGAGGAUCCAAGCCUAACAGAAUCGGAUGCUUCCACACCUGAACCCAAGAAGAGAUCGCCUCCAAAGAAACGAAAGGUAGACAGCCCUCAGUCGGCAGUCUCUGACUCUGCGCCUCCACCUAAAAAGAAACCCGCGCAGAGAGCCAAGUCCCCCGAAUCUACAGACUCAGGCUCGCCAUCACCAUUGCCAUCACCAUCUCCGCCCCGAGAACCGUCGCCAGAGGAAACCGAAGAACCGGAACCCUAUGGUGAUGAUGAAUCUACUGAGGACCCAGACGAGUCGGAGUCAAACGAAGACAACCAUGACGAUUCCUACCCAGACGAAGCAGAUAUCGUCUUGCCCCCUCCCAACGUCGAUUUCCCGAGACAGCGCAGGGCCAAUCAACCGAUGUCCAACCUCGUCGCAAGCAUGCCGCCCUCGACCGCAAACAUGCACGACACCGGACCUUGGAUCUUCGUGCAUAACCCUCACUACCAUGGGCCCCCGCCACCAAAUCCGAGCAGCUUCUGGACCGAAGCGUCGGAGAAUAUCAUGGGAGGGUAUGACAGCGGCACGCCGAUAAGACGCCAGGGAGGGCGCGUUUCGUCAACGGAAAUGAAUCCGACGCGACAGUUCAUGGAACGAAGUAUCCUUGACCUGGCGAGAAGGAAAGGCAUCAUGACAGGCAAGUGGUUGUUCUUCAUGUCGCCGGGCCGGGUGGACUAUGUCUGGAACGUGAUUGCGCAGGCGACGGAGAGAGGGGAGCUGGGGCCGUCGUCGAAAGUAGCCACGGACGACGGGUCGGGCAGGGCGCGCAUGCUUGCAGUCUACACGUAUAAUUUCGACGACGUGGCUGAUGUAAGGAGGGUGGCGCGGAAGCUGGUCGAGCUGGGACUGAUCAAACCCUAUGAUCGGCCGAUUUACUACAAGACUGAUGCCUAUACGCACCUGGAGAUCAAUUCUGGUAACGCUUGGGGGCUGAAGGCGAGCAUGUACAGUAGCAAGGACAUACUGGCGGGAAGGUUCUGA